GGGACACCACGCACUCUAUCCGGCUGAAGCCUUCAUCGUGAGGCCCUCAGGAGACCGCCAUUACAGAUGAAGUAACCACAUACACCAACACCCCAAGUCCACCAUGUCAUCCAAAACGGCAUCCUUCUUCCAGACACCAUCCUUGGUCUAUGGCUCCGCCAUAGUCCUCCGUGUCAUCCUCCUCUUCUACGGUGCCCGGCAAGACGCCCACUCCGCCGUCAAAUACACCGACAUCGACUACCUCGUCUUCACCGACGCAGCGCGCUAUGUCUCGCAGGGUGCCUCGCCCUACGCACGAGACACUUAUCGCUACACGCCCCUGCUGGCCUGGCUACUCCUCCCAACAGCCUGGACCGGUCCAUCCUUCCUGUUCUCCUUUGGAAAGGCGCUCUUCGCGCUCUCCGAUGUCCUCGCCGGGUGGCUCAUCGCCAGAUCACUUGUCUCUGCGUACGGAAUGGACGCUCCCCGCGCACUCAAGUACGCCAGUGUCUGGCUUCUCAACCCUAUGGUCGCGAAUAUCAGCACCCGAGGAUCCUCCGAGGGUCUUCUCGGCGUGCUAGUGAUUGCGCUGUUAUGGGCUGUUCUGCGCCGAAGGGUCAUCCUCGCAGGUAUCCUCCUAGGAGUGAGCGUGCAUUUCAAAAUCUAUCCCUUCAUAUAUGGUGUUUCAAUCAUCUGGUGGUUAGAUCGCGAGCAUGAUGGCUCUACCAAAACCCCCUCAAAGUCAACAACCAACACUACCAUCCUCUCCCAAGUCCUCUCCUUCAUCACUCCUCCCCGCAUCAUCCUAACCCUCACCUCCCUCACCACCUUCAUCCUCCUCAACAUGCUCAUGUACUCUCUCUACGACACUCCCUUCAUCCAACACACCUACCUCCACCACCUCACCCGCAUCGACCAUCGCCACAACUUCUCCCCCUACAGCACCCUCCUCUACCUCUCCGCUGCCGGCGAAGUUCAAGGAAAAUUCGAAUCCCUCGCUUUUAUCCCGCAGCUCCUUCUCUCUGUCAUCGUGAUUCCGCUAGCAUUAGCGAAGAAGAGCCUCCCUGGCGCAAUGCUCGCACAGACUUUCGCCUUCGUGACGCUCAACAAAGUUUGUACGAGUCAGUACUUUCUCUGGUACAUCAUAUUCCUCCCCUUCUAUCUUCCCACUUCGUCGAUGCUCCGGAACCCGAGAUUCGGGGGACUAGUAGCUGCGUUGUGGGUUGUUGGUCAGGCCCUCUGGCUCCAACAAGGCUACAACCUCGAGUUCCUGGGUCUGAGCAGUUUCGUGCCGGGAUUGUUUCUUGCCUCGAUAGGGUUCUUCGCGGUGAAUGUGUGGAUUUUGGGGGUUAUAGUUGAUGAUGUUGGCUCUUCCGCUUAGCUUUUCGUUGGUGUGGGGUUUGGGUGGGUAGAAUAGAUGAUGUGAUUUGCUGUAUUUGUAUUGGUUGGGGAGGGGGCUGUGUAUAUGGUGAUAAGUAAAGAUCUUUUGCAUAGAAUUUUUAAAUUGAUAUGAUUGAUGCACUACGCAACUUCAAUAACAUGCUGGUUCAUCACGUAG